CCACAACACAACAUGAACUUCGGACUGAUUAUUCGGCUGGUGGCCAUUGUCUUGUUUGCCUUCUUUGGCGUCGGUUUUGGGACCGGCAGCACUGUUCUCGACCUCUCCGCGCAGAGAUGGACGCUGUCUAGCCUGCCGCUGAACAUCUCGGUUCGCGGCAGGGUGCCGUCCCACGUGCACCUGGACCUGUUUGAGGAGCGAGUCAUUGGAGAUCCCUACUAUGGGCUGAACGAUUUCAACCUGCGAUGGAUUGUGUGGAAUGACUGGAACUACACGACCAAGAUCAGCGGACUCACGUUCCUGCUCUUCAACGGGCUCGACACGUUCAGCAACAUCUCGCUCUGCGGGCAGCACGUCGCCGUCACGGACAACCAGUUCCGGCAGUACUUCUUCAACGUCACAGACAUGCUAGCCCGCUGCAACAACAGCACAUCACGGCCCGAGCUGAACGUGCUGUUCCCGAGCGUGCCCGUCGCGGCGAACGGCAUCGCCAGCCAGCCGGGCCAGGAGACGUGGCCGCAGUACGUGCAGAUCCUGUUCGAGUUCGCCAACCGGCAUUUUGUGCGCAAGGAGCAGUCGGAUUUCGGCUGGGACUGGGGCCCCGGGUUCGUGCCGACGGGGAUAUGGCAGAAGGCGUGGCUCGUGUCGCUCGAGCCCGGCGAGGUGCACGUCCGCAACACGCUGCUCGACGUCUACCGCGUGGGACAGCUGCCGAACCUGCCGCCCGACCAGACGCAGGACUGGGUGCUCAACGCCAGCGUGGACGUCCUCAAUGUCGUCCCGGCCGGCUCGUUCCUGAACUACACCAUUGCGGACGCGGCGACGGGGGAGAUGGUGAGCGCUGGCUCGCUAUCGAACAUCACCAACCCCGGCGAUGUCAUUGGCGGGACCACGGUGCUCGACCAGGCGGCGUACAAGCUCUGGUGGCCGGCAGGCCUGGGCGCGCAGAACCUCUACACGGUCACAAUUGACAUCAUCUCGCCCUCUGGCAAGAUCUUGGCGUCCGUGUCCAAGAGAACUGGGUUCAGGACCAUCUUGCUCGACAUGGCCGAGGUGACAGACGACGAGAUAGACCAGGGCAUUGCUCCCGGCAGCCACUGGAACUUCGAGAUCAAUGGCAACCCGUUCUACGUCAAAGGCAGCAACUUCAUCCCGCCCGACGCCUUCUGGCCGCGCGUGACGCCGGCCAAGGUCAGGCAGCUCUUCGCGGCGGCCGUCGACGGCAACCAGAACAUGCUGCGUGUGUGGGCCAGCGGGGCGUAUUCGCCCGACUUCAUGUACGACCUGGCCGACGAGAUGGGGCUGCUGCUGUGGAGCGAGUUCGAGUUCGGCGACGCGCUGUACCCGAUCGCGCCGGGCUUUCUGGAGAACUGCCGGCUCGAGGCCAACUACCAGGUGCGGCGGAUCAACCACCACCCGUCGCUUGCGCUGUGGGCGGGCGGCAACGAGCUCGAGAACCUCGAGCUGGGGAUCCUGGUCAACUACACGGCGGAAGACCAGUUCGAGCGGUACCGGGACGAGUACGAGAUGCUGUUCCUCGAGACCCUGCUGCCGGCCGUGUUCGGCAACAGCCACAGCAUCACGUACAUGCCGUCCAGCACCAACAACGGGGCGACGCUGAACUUCAGCAGCCCGAUCCCGGUCAAGGAGAGAUACUUCAACCUCACUAGCGGCUCCAUCUACGGGAACACGGACUACUAUAACUACGUGGCGUCGCAGGCGUUCAACCUGUCGGCAUAUCCCGUGGGCCGUCUGUCGACCGAGUUCGGGUUCCAUAGCAUGCCGAGCGUGGCGAGCUGGCGCAACGUGCUGCCCGCCGACGAGCUGCGCUUCAACAGCACGACCGUCAUGCUGCGCAACCACCACCCGCCGGCGCGGGGGCUCGACACGGCUAACUUUUACAACAGCUCCGUGGGCCAGGGGGAGAUGACCAUAGCCGUGCAGCAGCACUACCCGGCGCCCAACAAGACGGACGCGGUCGGCAACUUCUCGGCGUGGAGCUGGUCCACUCAAGUCUUCCAGGCCGACUUCUACCGCAGCCAGAUCCAGUUCUACCGCGUGGGCAGCGGGCAGCCGAACCGGCAGCUGGGGAGUCUGUACUGGCAGCUUGAAGAUAUCUGGCAGGCGCCGACGUGGGCCGGCAUCGAGUACGAGGGCCGGUGGAAGGUGCUGCACAACGUUGCCAAGGACAUCUACCAGCCGGUGGUCCUCGCGCCGCUGUGGAACCUGACGUCUGGUCUGCUGCACGUGUACGCGGUGAGCGACCUGUGGACCGAGGUCACAGGCACGGCGACGAUAUCGUGGGUUGACUGGUCGGGCAACGUGUUGCCGGGAAUCGCGACGGAGGGCAACAACCGACCUGGUGUUGCCAGCGGGGCGAACAACGCCAGCAACGCCCUGUUGGUCGCCACGCUGACGGCAACCGGGACGCCCGUCAACACAAACGCGACCAAGACGUAUACGCAUACCAGCUACUGGACGCCAACUCCACUUAGCAGUGCGGCGCUGGUAGACCCAGGCCUGGCUGUGAACCACGACAAGGUUAGAGACCAGUUUGUUGUCACGGCGAAGACGGGGACUAGCGUGUGGACGUGGCUGAGUGCCAGCCUGGACGACGACGUUGUUGUGAACUUUGAUGUCAACGCGUUCCUGCUGCUGAAGGGCCAGGCCAAGAGGGUCAACUACACGGUGCUGAGCGGCGGGGCUGAAGGCUGGCGCGAGAGAGUGACGGUCCUCAGCAUGUGGAACAACACGCUGGCUUCGUAGCGCCUUCUUGGCUACUACUGAGGUCGCCCGUCUCGAAGUGCUGUAAUUAGCCUAUCUUGUUAAGUAUAUCCACGCUCUCGGAUUCCUGAAUAUGGGCUGCGCGGCCUCGAGUGUCUCGUGCCUACCUACUCUCCAUCCCCCGAGACACAUCCAUCUUUCCAUAUUCCCGAGAUCAGCAACCGACUCUUGGCAAAACUCGCUGCAUCGUAGACCUCGGAGAAGGGUGCGGGGUAGGUGACUAGUGGGUCGCUGCAGGCGGUCCGCCCUAGAAGGC